AGUGGGUACAAAUUUUGCUGGACGAAGAUAAAAUACAAAAGUUUGAUUCCUUUGAAUUUGGUGUUUAUUCUGUUGAAUACCGUGGAACAAAAAUUACACUUAAAAGGUUUAUAAUACCUAAAUUUGUUAAUGAGCUAUACCAUCGACGUUUUACCAUUAACUGCCAUGAAAACAUAAUUAAAUUUUUAGGAAUUACAAUAACAUUCCCAGAAAAUAAUUACCUGAUGGUAUUACAGUUUGCAAAUGAUGGCAAUUUGAGGAACCAUUUACAAAGUAAAACGCAUGAAGGUGUUUUUAAAAUCUUAAGGACAGAACUUAUUCAGAUCGCAGAACAAAUUAUUUUCGG